AUGUUGAAGGAUCUCAAUCAUUCUGGAAAGAAUCUAUUAAAUAUUAUUAUUCUGGAUGCUUGCCGAUACGAUGAAGGAAAUGAUACCUGGAAAACAAAAGUCAUGAAUGAAGAAACAUGUCUUACGCCAGCAUUUGGCAAAGCAUUAACAUCACAUGUUGAAAUACCACAAAAGUCACAAUUUGCUUUGAUAUUUUCAUCUGAUCCUGGCACAGUAUCUUUCUCUGGUAAACCAGGUGGAAAUAGUUUCUUUACAUCGGCACUGUUAAAUCAUCUGGAAAGACCAAAUGUGCGUCUAGAAGAUAUUAUGGGGGAAGUUAUAAAAGAAAUGUUGCACAAACCAUUUAAUAGACAACGGCCAUGGAUUAAUUCAUGUCUAACGGAACCAUUUUAUUUCAAAAAAGGUUUGUAA